AUGGGUCCGAAACUGCUCCUGAAGAUGGGCCAGGGCGGGCGUGGGGCGACAAAUACCAAUAACAAUUCUGGUCCUGCGCCACCAAACAACGGUCAGACUCGAGGUCAGCGAACCAGAUCCGGGGUCCGCAGGCCCGUUCAGAAGCCAGCUGGCGAUACAAGAAUAAUAAGAACACCUGAAGAUGAAGGGGCUCAAGAACAAACUGAACGUCCAUCAUCCACCUUCAUCACUAUACGACUCACAUCCGAAAGACUGCGCCAGGUCCUCCAAUCCACUGCAUCAAGUGGCCCGUUCAUUACCCUCAAAGUUCCAAGACGAGGUCGACGAUCUGCGGUAGGAAAGCCUUCCAGCCCCCCGGAAGUCUCAGGUUCUUCACCACCUUCCUUGCUAUCCGGCGCAGCGUCAACGUUUUCCGAAGUUCAGAGUGAUUACGGUCAGGCGACUCCUGUCGCGAACGAGCCUUCACCUCAGCUGUACCAGACAUAUGAUGAGCAACAGGCAGUCUUAGCAAACUGUGCGAUAAUUCAAGACCCGAUAUUUUCUGGCCUGCUGGACCAGGCGAAGCUACUGCAAAUCCCAGCCGCCGAGUGUAGACGAGCAACAACGCCAGAUUGGCGAGUCUCUGGCCAGAUUGAUUCUACACUGGAUCCGGCGUUGUAUCGAAUAGCCCCUAGACAUCAAGUGAUGGCUCCAGUAAAGGAUACCAGCAGCGUCCACAACACAAUCAAGGACAUUAUUCAAGAUCUGACCGAGAUACAAAUCCAAACACAUGGCUAUGUGCCUGAAACUCAAGACCUCUUGGUCGACAAAAUGACCGACUUGGCCGAAUCCUUAUCCCGGCUACAGAAUUUGACCUCUGCUACUGCAUCGCCGAACAACUAUAUCCAGCAUGUGCAGAUUGCCCCUGAAAUCGUCGAUUACGUCGACGAUGGGCGCAACCCCGACAUCUUCACGCGGGACUUUGUUGAAAAUGUUCAGCGUGGCAAUGCUGUGAUCAACGGGAAACAACAGGCCUUCAAGGAUUUUAGUGAAAUCUACGCAAAGGCUCUGAAGGAGGGCAUUCCCGGGGUGAGUAGACAGGUGGAUAGAGUCCUGGAAAGCGCGGGAUUUGAGAUUGAACAGAAAAACGAGGGCGAUGGCCCUAGUUACUCAACUUCGAAUGGACCACAUGUGCCCGAUGGUGUCUAA